ACUUCUGCGGGUUCAGCACCACAGACAGGGCGGGCGCGGUGCCACCGCCCGGCAUGCGCGCCCCGCCGCCCCACCGCCGCCCGACCGCCGCCCCAUUGCUGCUCCAUCGCCGCCCCAUCGCCGCCCCAUCUGCCCACCGCCGCACCGCCGCGGUCCCCGCACAGCCCCGGCCGCCCGGGCGGCGAUGGAGGCAGCCCUGAACGAGAGCGGAGCGGCGGCCCCGCGGCUGCCGGCCGGCGGCGGCAACGCCUCGCUGGAGCUCUCGUCGCGGCCCCCCGCGCCCGCCGCCCUCAACCCCUGGGAUGUGAUGCUCUGCGUGUCCGGCACCGCCAUCGCCUGCGAGAACGCCCUGGUGGUUGCCAUCAUCUGCUACUCGCCUGCCCUGCGCACCCCCAUGUUCGUGCUGGUGGGCAGCCUGGCCACGGCUGACCUCCUGGCCGGCCUCGGCCUCAUCCUCAACUUCGUUUUCCAGUACGUGAUCCGCUCGGAGACGGUCAGCCUGCUGACGGUGGGCUUCCUCGUCGCCUCCUUCGCCGCCUCCGUGAGUAGCUUGCUGGCCAUCACUGUCGAUCGCUACCUCUCCCUCUACAAUGCCCUCACCUACUACUCGGAGAGGACGGUGCUCUGCAUUCACACCAUGCUGGCGGGUGCCUGGGGGGUCUCCCUCUGCCUGGGGCUGCUGCCCGUCCUGGGCUGGAACUGCCUUCACGACCGCACCGCCUGCAGCGUCGUCAGACCCUUGACCAAGAGUAACGUGACGCUGCUGUCUGCCUCUUUCUUUCUCAUUUUCCUCAUCAUGCUCCAUCUCUAUAUCGAGAUCUGCAAGAUCGUCUGCAGGCAUGCCCACCAGAUAGCUCUCCAGCAGCACUUUCUGACUGCUUCACACUAUGUCACCACCAAAAAAGGAGUCUCUACCCUGGCUAUCAUCCUUGGGACUUUCGGAGCCAGCUGGCUGCCUUUUGCCAUCUACUGUGUGGUGGGGGAUCCUGACUACCCUUCUGUGUACACGUAUGCCACGCUCUUACCUGCUACCUACAACUCCAUGAUCAACCCCAUCAUUUAUGCCUACAGAAACCAGGAAAUCCAGAGGUCCAUGUGGGUGCUCUUCUGUGGCUGCUUUCAGGCUAAAGUGUCCUUUCGCUCCCGGUCCCCCAGCGAUGUCUGAGUGACUUCUCUGUCAAACUGCACCGAGUGACAAUCUACCCAGUGAACUAUUACAGUGCCUGUUCUAAACGUCAAACUACUUUGUGAAGUCAUUGGAAACAUGCUUAAGUAUUAGCACUUUAUACAUAUUUGUAUCUCGGAGAGUGGUUCAGGGUAUGGAGUUUCGGGUUCCCUGAAAAAAAAAUAACAAUGUGUUUGUAUAUAAAUUUGCACAUCACAUUUGUGAAGUGAAGACAUUCCGGUACCGCUUAACUAUAGCACCUUAUUUCUAGCUGCUGACCUGCCAAAACAGUGUUGCCUUCCUGAAGGGCAGAGAGAAAGGAAGUUGUGUUCGUGUUGUAUUUGUAAGUGUGUGUGUUGGGGGAGGGAAGGGGGUUAGGGUGUAUGUAUGUGGUGU